AUGGGCCGAAAGAACUCAGCAAACGCAAAGGCCGUCGGCGCCGAGUUGGCCGCCGUCCUCCCGGACAUCGGUCCGUGGUACAAGCAGCCGCACAUCCUACGCCUCAACCUAUGCAUCAUCUCCAUCAUGAUGUGCGCCUCGGCCAACGGAUACGACGGUUCCAUGAUGAAUGGCCUGCUUGCGCUCCCGCAAUGGCACGCUUUCAUGAACCAGCCCACCGGCCCGUGGCUGGGAUUCGUCAACGCGGCAUACUCCCUCGGUAACGUCCUCGUAUACCCGGCCGCCGCGUGGGUGUGCAACAAAUAUGGCCGCAAGGUCGGAAUAUACAUCUCCUGGGUGUUUCUGGCAAUUGGUACAGCGGUGCAGACGGCAGCACCGAAUGAGGGCGCUUUUGUAGCCGCCAGGUUUAUAAUUGGUUGUGCUUCUGGGUUCUUCCUCUCGGCGCCGCUGCUAAUCACCGAAAACGCGUAUCCUACUCAUCGCGGAGUUGUAUCCUCACUCUACAACUGUAUGUGGUAUGCUGGAGCUGUCGUCGCGGCUUGGUGUACCUUCGCCACGAGGCAUCUCACCGAGUGGUCUUGGAGAAUGCCAUCCCUCCUCCAGAUCGCCCUCCCACUCUUGUCGGCUCCGGGUCUGUUUCUGAUCGGCGAAUCGCCCCGAUGGCUUGUCUCCGUGGACCGAGUCGACGAAGCUAGGGUGGUCAUUGCCAACGCACAUGCUGGUGGCGACAUUAACUCUCCUUUGGUCAACUUCGAGAUGAUGGAAAUCGAGGAAACGAUCCGCGCGGAGAGGGAGGCGCACACAGCCACGACGUGGGCCGAUCUUUACAGCACACCUGGAAACAGGCACCGUCUGUUUAUCUCUGUUAGUUUGGGAGUCUUUGCGCAAUGGUGCGGUGUCGGCGUUAUCUCGUACUACUUGGCCCUCGUCCUCUCAUCAGUAGGCAUCAAGUCCGUCGACGACCAAACUCUCAUCUCGGCUUGCAUCCAAAUCUGGAACUUGAUCUGCGCCACCAGCGCUGCUGUCAUGGUGGAUAAGAUCGGAAGACGAGCUCUCUUCCUGGCAUCAGGCACGAUCAUGCUCAUCUCCUUCUCAAUCGUGACCGGCCUCUCCGGCAGCUUCGCAAUGACGGGCAACGCACCCACCGGCACGGCCGUCAUCCCCUUCCUCUUCAUCUUCUACCUCGGCUACGACAUCGCCUUGACGCCCCUAAUGGUCGCCUACCCUGUCGAGAUCUGGCCGUACCGCCUCCGCGCCAAGGGUCUCACGGUGGCGUUGAUGGUCAGCUUGGCCUGUGUCUUCUUCAACACCUUCGUCAACCCCAUCGCGCUGGAGUCUAUCGCUUGGAAAUACUACCUCGUUUUCCUUGCCGUACUGGUCAUUAUGCUCGUGAGCGUCUGGUUUGGAUACCCCGAGACUCGUGGACGGACGCUUGAGAACGUCGCGUAUUUGUUUGAUGGAGAGGACGCGGAGGUUGGAACUGGCACGGCAGAGGGCGCGUUGAAGCAAGCGGAGGCUGCUCAUGUCGGAGAGGUGGCACAUGUGGAAGAGACUGAGAAGAAAUAA